AUGCUACCUCUGGCUAUAAUCGUGGAUUGUGUNGCGGCCCUCAUCUCCAAUCGUAAACUGAUCGCCUCACAACAAUCCAAUCCAUCCGCUCGACUCACUCUAAACGCGGCCGAGUUCCUGCUCGGAGAACGACUUCAAUUUGUCGUCGAGGAGCAUUUGAGUCAGGUUUGUCUGGCCCUGAGUGUGUAUGCGCGAUCCACCGGCAAGCUACAGGACGCGAUCACUCUCCUGGGACGUUGCGUGACCGGGCCGAAUGGUUUAGCCUACGGUGAAGGAUUGGCCCAUUGGCAAGCGAUCGUGAUCCGACGCAGUAUGGUCAAAAGAACACACGUACUUUUCUGA